GGCCUCCGGAUCCACAUGGAUAGCUGAGAUCUUUUCUUGGAGAAAGACACUUGGCUCCUCGCUCUGCACCCUCACUUUCCCCACCUGCUUGCCCUCUGCUACUGCCCUGUUUGUCCCCUCUGUCUCUUUACUGAAUUUCUUGCUUGCGCGCCCAUCUGGGGCUAUCUCACCCACUUUCCUCCUUCCUCACCCUCUUGCUGUGUGUGUUCGUCCUUCUUCCUGUGUGCGCUCUGUCCCCCCGCCCACCUCCUCUUCCUCCCUCCUUUCCACUGCAAAGGGGGCUUGUCCCCUGAGGGCUGUUCCCUACCUGUCUGCCCCUCCGGGCUUGGUCCCAGCAGCCAAAAUGAGCUUCACCACACACUCGGUUUUCUUCACCCUGAAGGUGAGCGUCCUGCUGGGGUCCCUGCUGGGGCUCUGCCUGGGCCUCGAGUUCAUGGGCCUCCCCAACCAGUGGGCACGCUACCUUCGCUGGGAUGCCAGCACGCGCAGUGACCUGAGUUUCCAGUUCAAGACCAACGUCUCCACGGGGCUGCUCCUCUACCUGGACGACGGCGGCGUCUGUGACUUCCUCUGCCUCUCCCUGGUGGAUGGCCGCGUGCAGCUCCGCUUCAGCAUGGACUGCGCAGAGACUGAAGUGCUGUCCCACAAACAGGUCAACGACAGCAGCUGGCACUUCCUCAUGGUGAGCCGAGACCGCCUGCGUACGGUGCUGGUGCUGGAUGGCGAGGGCCAGUCGGGGGAGCUGCAGCCCCAGCGUCCCUACAUGGAUGUGGUCAGUGACUUGUUCCUUGGCGGAGUCCCCGCGGACAUACGACCUUCUGCCCUGACCCUUGAUGGAGUACAAGCCAUGCCCGGCUUCAAGGGAUUAAUCCUAGAUCUCAAGUAUGGCAACUCAGAGCCUCGGCUUCUGGGGAGCCAGGGCGUCCAGCUGGAUGCCGAGGGACCCUGCGGUGAGCGUCCCUGUGAAAAUGGUGGGAUCUGCUUUCUCCUGGAUGGCCACCCCACCUGUGACUGUUCUACCACUGGCUAUGGUGGCAAGCUCUGCUCGGAAGAGGAGAAUCAGACUCAAGGCCUGUCCCACCUCAUGAUGAGUGAACAAGGUAAAUCAAAAUCUCGAGAGGAGAAUGUGGCCACUUUCCGAGGCUCGGAGUACCUGUGCUACGACCUGUCUCAGAACCCGAUCCAGAGCAGCAGUGAUGAAAUCACCCUCUCCUUUAAGACCUGGCAGCGGAACGGGCUCAUCCUGCACACGGGCAAGUCAGCUGACUACGUCAACCUGGCUCUGAAGGAUGGCGCGGUCUCCUUGGUCAUUAACCUGGGCUCCGGGGCCUUUGAGGCCAUUGUGGAGCCAGUGAAUGGAAAAUUCAACGACAACGCCUGGCACGAUGUCAAAGUGACACGCAACCUCCGGCAGCACUCAGGCAUCGGACACGCUAUGGUGACGAUCUCUGUGGAUGGCAUCCUUACCACGACGGGCUACACUCAAGAGGACUACACCAUGCUGGGCUCAGAUGACUUUUUUUAUGUGGGAGGAAGCCCGAGUACCGCUGACUUGCCAGGCUCACCCGUCAGCAACAACUUCAUGGGCUGCCUUAAAGAGGUCGUUUAUAAGAAUAAUGACAUCCGUCUGGAACUGUCUCGCUUGGCCCGGAUUGGGGACACCAAGAUGAAAAUCUACGGGGAAGUUGUAUUCAAGUGUGAGAAUGUGGCUACACUGGACCCCAUCAACUUUGAGACCCCGGAGGCUUACAUCAGCUUGCCCAAAUGGAACACCAAACGCAUGGGCUCCAUCUCCUUUGACUUCCGCACCACUGAGCCCAAUGGCCUGAUCCUCUUCACUCAUGGUAAGCCCCAAGAGAGGAAGGAUGCUCGGAGCCAGAAGAACACCAAAGUGGACUUCUUUGCUGUGGAACUCCUUGAUGGCAACCUAUAUCUUUUGCUUGACAUGGGCUCAGGCACCAUUAAAGUGAAAGCCACUCAGAAGAAAGCCAACGAUGGAGAAUGGUACCAUGUGGACAUUCAGCGUGAUGGCAGAUCAGGUACCAUCUCAGUGAACAGCAGGCGCACGCCUUUCACUGCCAGUGGGGAGAGCGAGAUUCUGGACCUGGAGGGGGACAUGUACCUGGGUGGACUGCCCGAGAACCGCGCUGGCCUCAUCCUCCCUACUGAGCUCUGGACUGCCAUGCUCAACUACGGCUACGUGGGGUGCAUCCGGGACCUGUUCAUCGACGGGCGCAGCAAGAACAUCCGGCAGCUGGCGGAGAUGCAGAAUGCUGCGGGCGUCAAGUCCUCCUGUUCACGGAUGAGCGCUAAGCAGUGCGAUAGCUACCCCUGCAAGAACAAUGCUGUGUGCAAGGACGGCUGGAACCGCUUCAUCUGUGACUGCACAGGCACCGGCUACUGGGGAAGAACCUGCGAGAGGGAGGCGUCCAUCUUGAGCUACGACGGCAGCAUGUACAUGAAAGUCAUCAUGCCCAUGGUCAUGCACACUGAGGCAGAAGACGUGUCCUUCCGGUUCAUGUCCCAGCGAGCUUAUGGGCUGCUGGUGGCUACUACCUCCAGGGACUCUGCUGACACCCUGCGUUUGGAGCUGGAUGGCGGGCGCGUCAAGCUCAUGGUUAACUUAGACUGUAUCAGGAUAAACUGUAACUCCAGCAAAGGACCAGAGACCCUGUAUGCAGGGCAGAAGCUCAAUGACAAUGAAUGGCACACUGUGCGGGUGGUGCGGAGAGGAAAAAGCCUUAAGCUAACCGUGGACGAUGACGUGGCUGAGGGUACAAUGGUGGGAGACCAUACCCGCUUGGAAUUCCACAACAUCGAAACUGGUAUCAUGACCGAGAAACGUUACAUCUCCGUUGUCCCCUCCAGUUUCAUUGGCCACUUGCAGAGCCUUAUGUUUAAUGGCCUGCUCUACAUUGACUUGUGCAAAAACGGAGACAUUGAUUAUUGUGAACUGAAGGCUCGUUUUGGACUGAGGAACAUCAUCGCUGACCCUGUCACCUUCAAGACCAAGAGCAGCUACCUGAGUCUGGCCACCCUCCAGGCUUAUACCUCCAUGCACCUCUUCUUCCAGUUCAAGACCACGUCCGCUGAUGGCUUCAUUCUCUUCAAUAGUGGUGAUGGCAAUGACUUCAUUGCUGUUGAGCUAGUCAAGGGGUACAUCCACUACGUGUUUGACCUCGGAAAUGGUCCCAAUGUGAUCAAAGGCAAUAGUGACCGUCCCCUAAAUGACAACCAGUGGCACAACGUCGUCAUCACCCGGGACAACAGUAACACCCACAGCCUGAAAGUGGACACUAAGGUGGUCACUCAGGUUAUCAAUGGUGCCAAAAAUCUGGAUUUGAAAGGUGACCUCUAUAUGGCUGGUCUGGCCCAAGGCAUGUAUAGCAACCUCCCCAAGCUCGUGGCCUCCCGGGAUGGCUUUCAGGGCUGCCUGGCAUCGGUGGACUUGAACGGACGCCUGCCAGACCUUAUCAAUGAUGCCCUCCAUCGGAGUGGACAGAUUGAGCGUGGCUGUGAAGGACCAAGUACCACCUGCCAGGAGGAUUCAUGUGCCAACCAGGGGGUCUGUAUGCAGCAGUGGGAAGGCUUCACCUGUGACUGUUCCAUGACCUCAUAUUCUGGAAACCAGUGCAAUGAUCCUGGCGCCACGUACAUCUUUGGGAAAAGCGGAGGCCUCAUCCUCUACACCUGGCCGGCCAACGACAGGCCCAGCACACGCUCUGACCGCCUGGCCGUUGGCUUCAGCACCACCGUGAAGGAUGGCAUCUUGGUGCGCAUAGACAGUGCCCCAGGCCUUGGGGACUUCCUCCAGCUUCACAUAGAACAGGGCAAGAUUGGUGUGGUCUUCAACAUUGGCACCGUUGACAUCUCCAUCAAAGAGGAGAGAACCCCUGUAAAUGAUGGCAAAUACCACGUGGUGCGUUUCACCAGGAAUGGCGGCAAUGCCACACUUCAGGUGGACAACUGGCCAGUGAAUGAGCAUUAUCCCACAGGCAACACUGAUAAUGAACGCUUCCAAAUGGUAAAACAGAAAAUCCCCUUCAAAUAUAACCGGCCUGUAGAGGAGUGGCUGCAGGAAAAAGGCCGGCAGCUAACCAUCUUCAACACCCAGGCGCAAAUAGCUAUCGGCGGAAAGGACAAAGGACGCCUCUUCCAAGGCCAGCUUUCUGGGCUCUAUUAUGAUGGUUUGAAAGUACUGAACAUGGCAGCUGAGAACAACCCCAAUAUUAAAAUCAAUGGAAGUGUCCGACUGGUGGGAGAAGUCCCAUCAAUCUUGGGAACAACACAGACGACCUCCAUGCCACCAGAAAUGUCGACCACUGUCAUGGAAACCACCACUACAAUGGCUACCACCACAACCCGCAAGAAUCGGUCUACAGCCAGCAUUCAGCCAACAUCAGAUGACCUUGUUUCAUCUGCUGAAUGUUCAAGCGAUGAUGAAGACUUCGUUGAAUGUGAGCCAAGUACAGGAGGUGAAUUAGUUAUCCCUCUUCUUGUAGAAGACCCUUUAGCUACCCCUCCUAUUGCUACUCGUGCACCUUCCAUUACACUCCCCCCUACCUUUCGCCCCCUCCUCACCAUUAUUGAGACCACCAAAGAUUCCCUGUCCAUGACCUCUGAGGCGGGGUUACCUUGCUUGUCGGACCAAGGCAGCGAUGGUUGUGAUGAUGAUGGCUUGGUGAUAUCUGGGUAUGGCUCAGGGGAAACCUUUGACUCUAACCUGCCCCCUACUGAUGAUGAAGAUUUUUACACCACCUUCUCCUUGGUAACAGAUAAGAGUCUUUCCACUUCAAUCUUCGAAGGUGGCUACAAAGCACAUGCGCCCAAGUGGGAAUCCAAGGACUUUAGACCUAACAAAGUCUCGGAAACUAGUAGGACUACUACCACAUCUUUGUCCCCUGAGCUGAUCCGCUUCACAGCUUCCUCCUCGUCUGGGAUGGUGCCCAAAUUGCCAGCUGGCAAAAUGAAUAACCGUGAUCUCAAACCCCAGCCUGAUAUAGUCUUGCUUCCGUUGCCCACUGCCUAUGAGCUAGACAGCACCAAACUGAAGAGCCCACUAAUUACUUCCCCCAUGUUCCGUAAUGUGCCCACAGCAAACCCCACGGAGCCGGGAGUCAGACGGGUUCCGGGGGCCUCAGAGGUGAUCCGGGAGUCGAGCAGUACAACAGGGAUGGUCGUCGGCAUUGUGGCUGCUGCCGCCCUCUGCAUCUUGAUCCUCCUGUACGCCAUGUACAAGUACAGGAACAGGGACGAGGGGUCCUAUCAAGUGGAUGAGACGCGGAACUACAUCAGCAACUCGGCCCAGAGCAACGGCACGCUCAUCAAGGAGAAGCAGCAGAGCUCGAAGAGCGGCCACAAGAAACAGAAAAACAAGGACAAAGAGUAUUAUGUGUAAAAGUGACACCACUAACAAUUCGUGAAUUUAAAUCACAGAAUUAUUUAUAUAUAAAUAUAUAAAUACUCGGAAAAUGAGAUUUAACACAUGUCAGAACUGUGCUAUGAGAUGGGGUAUACCAUGACUGUGGUGGGGAAAAUCAUUUUUAAAAGAACACACACAAAGGUGUACCUACCUAUAAAGUCCAGCCAUGGUUGCUUUGAUUCAGUCAUCGCUCGGAGACAGAAAGAUCUUUUCUGCCCUGCUGUAUCAUAAAGCACACACUUUGCGCUCUGGAGCAAGCAGAUGGCUCCUCCACUUUUGCGGACAUGGAAGCUUCCUUCUCUUGAGGACCUUUCACCCGGGGUAGAAGACUUCAUGGCUUACUUGUUCCAUAGCUCCAAGUGAGUCUGUAAUGAUGUUUGUGAACCUUGACUGUAAUAAUGUCUUUUUUUUUUUUUGGUUUAAUUAUGUAAAAAACAAAAACAAAAACAAAAAAAAGAAAAAAGUUAAAAACAAAAACAAACAAAAAACCCCACCCUUAUCUGGUUCUGGCCAGUGUGUGUGUAACUUUUCAAGAUCUGAGGGGAAAAAUGGCUUUUGGGUUUUUGUUUAUUUUUUUGAGAAUAACUGGACAUAAGAAGAAGAAAAAAAUUCUCAGAAAACAAAAGUAAGAGAGACUAUUGCCAUAUGAACUCAAAAGCUACCAUGGUGUUCACUCUACAUAUCAGGUUGUGGUGUUUUAGAAUCUGUUUGUUUCCUGUAUGAUGCUUUGCUGAACACAUAGCAAAAUCAUGUGAUGGAUGAUAAUAUUGAUUUGAAAAGCUGGUCCCUCAAGAUCGAAUUCCAGAAUUUGCUACCCAAACCCUGAGCAGAUGGGGUUAGGGCUGGUUUUAUUAGAAUUAUUGGCUUUACUUAACAAUAUCAUUCCUGUCCAUGAGCUCAGCCAAAUUGUGGUAAAGGAGAAAGCCCCACAGACUAAAAACAGAGCCUUUCCUAGGGAAAGGGAAGGGGGGGUGGGCUGGAUCUCUGGCUGAAAUGCAUGCAAAUAUAAAAGAAAAGACAAUACGAGAAUCUGUUAAAGAGUCGAAACAGACAAUAGGGGAGUUCAACAUGUGAUGGAACCACAAAAAGGUCACACAAGCCAAACAUGGCAUGACAGAGUGCAAAAUUCGUAGUUCUUCCCCCACCCCCAACAUGAUAAUGUUUUUCACAGUGAUUUAAUUUUGUAGCCUGACAUUUAUGGAUAACUCUGUCCUUCCAUUUGCUCACAUCUCCCUUCAUCCCUCUUUUCUAAAAAUAAAUAAAUAAUAAAUUAAUAAAGCUGC